AUGGAUGUGGAUGAUGCAAGGGUGAACGUGAAUGUGGAUGUGAAGAAUGUUGACGAGAACCCGAACCCGAACCUGAACGUGAACCCGAACGUGAACCCGAACCCGAACCCAAACGCGAAUGCAAACGCGAAUGCAAACACGAACGCGAACGGGAACGGGAAUGCGAACGCGAAUGUGAACGCGAAUGUGAAUGCGAACGCGAACGGGAAUGUGAAUGUGAAUGCGAACCCAAAUGCAAACGCGAAUGGGAACGCGAAUGGGAAUGGGAACGCGAACUUGAAUGGGAACGCGAACCCGAAUGCGAAUGCGAACCCGAAUGUGAAUGCGAAUGCGAAUGCGAACCCAAAUGCGAAUGCGAACCCAAAUGCAAACGCGAAUGGGAACGCGAACCCGAAUGCGAAUGCGAACCCGAACGCAAACACGGACCCAAACGUGAAUGUUGAAGCGAACCUGAACCCGAAUCCGAAGGCAAACCCGAACUUUGACCCAAAUGCGAGGACUGUAUGGUGGACUCGCAAGGUGGAGUCCACCGCUUCUACCACCUCCACCUCCACCUCCACCUCCUCUACCAUCUCAACGGCCUCUGGAUCAUAUGGUGGACCCAUGAGGUGGAGUCCACCGCCUUCACUACCUUCUCAUGCGACUCGCCUGCCUCUACCACCUCCUGAUUGGGAAGAUAACAAUAUCCUUCAGUCUGGUGCCAAAUCAUCUUCUCCUCUCCGACCUUCACCUGCUCGCUCCAAAGGCCAAAAGAGUUCUGCGGGUCCGAGAAAAUCACGGAAGUCAAUGUCAGCACCGCCCAAAGUAUCUCCCUCUUCCUUGCCUUCGAAAUCCUCAUUUAUGCCGAACUUCUCACUGCCUCAGUCCAAAUUUGAACCAGAGAUACCUGGGUUCGAUAACAGCCGCUUGAGCAGUCCCCCGCCGCGAGCUUCAAUAUGA